CUGCAGAAGCACGACACUGUUCCUGGACAACAUUUGGAGCAAGUCGGGAAACGAGGAUCUGAUACCCGAGGAUUUUCUGAAAAUCGAGACAGACCACUUCCUGUCUUCGACGUCAUUACCGGUGGAUACCGAGAUGCAACAGAGUCAGUUGAAAAAUGAGAGCAAAGGCGAGACUUCCGGUAACGCUACCGGUCAUCCCGAUGACGAUGACGGACUCCGUGUCUCCGACGAGGAGGAAGAGGACAAGACUGUUCUACCGUUCGAGACUAAUUUCCAUACGGAGACCAAUUACAUCGUAUGCAACCCCUCGACAAUUUACACGACAGAUCAGCCUUGCGUCCAGAGACCUUCCAGGAACAGUAAUCAACAGUUCAUCUGCACCGGGUGCGGCAGAGGCUACACCCGCGUAGACAGCUUGAAGCGUCAUCAGCAGAAGUGCGACGACCUCCUUGCCUCUUUUCAAUAUCAGCAGGAGAAGUGCGAAGGAUUUCAGCAACGUUAUCCUUGCACCCAGUGCGGAAAGAGCUACAAGAGGCUCGACACUUUGCGAAGACAUCAGCGUCUGGUUUGCGAGAACAAGGAGGGCAAGUACGCGUGCAAAAUCUGCCAGCGAAGAUUCGCCUACAGAUUCCUCAUGCGGAAGCAUCAGUCUCUUCAUGCAGCCGCGGCGAAGAAGACGGCCGACACGCGCGGGAACAACAGUGCCAGUUCGAUUCCCGAUGACAAGAGCUCUUAGAGACUCUACGAGCGACCGUGUUUCUGCAAGGUGGACGGAGAGAGAGAGAAAAUGAUAGAAAAUGAAAAAAAAAAAGUGAUAGAUAAUACGCAAGUAUACGUUAAUAACAAUACUUCAAAUAAUACAAUACACUUAUGUCACACUUCUUCUUUUGAAAAACAAGUCUGAUUGUCAAUGAAUAAAUCCGCUCCGGAAGGCAUCGUUCAACGAUAAA